AUGGCGGAUCCGUCGCCAAACUACAAACAGCUGUACCUCGACGGACAGCGUAAACUCGAAGACGAACAGCGCAAACGCGAAGAAGCCGAACGAGCACAGGCCGAAGAGCGAAGCAGACGCGAAGAGGAACAACGCAGACGCGAAGAGGAACAACGCAGGCGCGAGAAGGCCGAGACGACGACCCGCAAGACGACACUGCCCGAGUUCCUCGACGCAUGUCACGACCACCUACACGCAAACCUGACCGUUCAGACGGAUACGACGCUGUCGACGCGAGGCGACCCCGCAAACGCAAACAACAAGCUCCGGCCUCAAAGGGUCCGCAUCUGGGAUGACUUCCCUGCGCGCCAAGCAGCCAUCUGGGAGAAGAUCAGGGAGUCGGACUUCGCUCUCGAGCGGCACUUCACUUCAGUGCAUACCUUGAGCGAGUCUGGAGAGGCUAUCCAACAACGUAUGAUGAGCUCGGAGCUGGACCUGCACCUCUUCCAGCGGUCGACGGUCGAGCAGCCGGUGUCGCAGAUCAUCAAGCAAAUGCACACGAACCCAGCGCUGCGGCGUGAGUUUGGCCUGCGUGGCUCUGUGAACUUUGAGAACCACGCCAACACACUGAGCCCGGAGCAAGAG